AUGCUAAUAGGAAAAGAAGAAGUUUCUAUUGAAGUAUUAAUGGAAUUAAUUGAAAAGAAAUCAAAGCUUGCGCAUGGACUUGUUAAAACAGAUAUUGAACCAAAAGAUCGACAAAAUUUUUCGUCGUGUAUCAAACUUUCAAGCGAUGAUGUAUUCACUACGCUGGAGGACAUCGAAAAUUCUCAAGCUACACGAAUUUAUUUGCAUCUUUUACGUUGUAUCGUGUUAGCAUAUGUGGAGCAUGAUACAUCAAUCAUUAAUCGGAUCUAUUAUAGUUGGUAUGCAGUAUUUUUGUGUCGUAUAUGGAAAAGUUGGUUGGAUAUAAUUGAUGAAAAAGAUAUUUUAGGAUAUAAUGUUGAAAAUAAAAAGGAUUCAUUUAUCACUAGUCCUGCACAUUUUUCAAUUGAGCUCAAUGCUCAUAGCUUGUUGGCAAUUUGUCUUCUAGUACAUCGACAUCAUAUGCCGAACUCUGCUCUAUUGAUAUCGAAUUACAAUUCGCAACCAUGCGAAGCUACUUUUCGACUUACACGAUCAAUGUUAGGAGCUUUCUCAUCAGUACUAAAUUUUACUACCAAUCAGUUUCUUAAACGAGCUGACAAAAUUUCGAUUUUAACGAAAUUAGAGAAUAAAAGCGAGUCAGAUCAAUCAGACUGCUCAUUGACAUUUCUGAAGCAUCAUAAACGACGAAGAAAAGCUAUUUCAUUGAAUAAUCUGACGUCGUCUAUAGAUAUCAAUCUUCUCACAUAUAAUCAAAUUAAAACAACUAUUCAUCAAGCAUUUGAUGAUGCAUAUAAGACUCUUUCUAAAGUUGAUAUUAAUGCUGCUUUGGAAAAUAAAAAAAUAACUACUAUAAAUAAAGUUAGUUCGUUUAUAAAAAAAAUUUGA